CAUAGUUCUCUGACCAACUGAGACUAAUAGAGAGUCAAAAUGUCAUCAAAGACUGAUCAAGUUUCUAUUGAUUUGGCCAUCAAAAUUGUGGGGAAGUGGAAGGAGACUUAUGGAUGGAUACCAAUAUUUGCAGCUUUUGCUGCAAUUUUCAUGGCAUUUUUUACUGGUGCCAACAAUCUUCCAGCUCCGUUCUCGACGCCUAUUGGAUCAGGGAGUUUGACUCUUCUAAAGGCAUUUGUAAUGGCUUGUGUGAUUUAUGUUCCUGGAGCAGCCUUUGCAAGUUCCACCAGUACUGUCAAUGCCUUAUUUUCUUAUUUUCUCAAGGAAAAUCAGCCUAGUGAAGGUUUCUUGAUGUGGAGUCUGGUAGUUGUUCUCAUCACUGCAGCAAUUUGGCUUGCUCUGGCUACAUAUUUACAGCUACCAGUCUCAUCCCUGCAAUCUAUACAAGGUGCUUUGUUAGGAACAAUACUUGUUACUCAAGGUUUUGGCUACAUACCAUUGUGGAAUAAGAAUCAGAACCACAAUUUCAUUGGUGGAGGACUUGUUUGGAUUGUUCUUGAGUGGACUGUUGCUCCAUUAAUUGCCUUUCUAUGCGCAUUCCUCCUUUUUGCUCUCAUGAAGGUUUCUCUGCUUCGCCAUGAAAAUGCCGAAAAAAGGAUUCUUGUUUUUCUCCCAAUUGACUAUGGAAUUUCAGCUGGACUGCUUUGCCUCUUUCUCAUGUAUCAGGUGUUACCACAUAUGAUAGCUCUUUAUAGUUGGGUGAUGAUUGUUGCAGUUACAGUGGCCACCUUGAUUGGAGCUCUAUUAUCUUUGCUUGUUGUGGUUCCUUUGGCUAUGAAAAAACUAAAAGCAGUCAAAAAUUACAAGACCAUGAAGAGAAACAUGACAAAAUCUUCAGAUCAUAGUAAAAGUAAAUGCAUAGAAAGCCAAGAUCCAACAUUUAAUGACACAAAAUCAGCUGAUGAUGAAGCUCAGUUUGAAGAAGCCUUGAAAGAUUUCAUGCAGAUGAGAGUCCUUGACACGGUGUAUGAAGAGGACGAGAGGAGCUGGGGUUCACCGGACACAUUAGUCCAAGAACCCGAAAAUAAGCUGGCUGAAGAUCAAUCUCCUGCUUCUCAAGAUCAGUCUAAUAUAGACAAAUCUACUUCAUUUAGAAAGUUGCUUGAGUCUACACCAAAUCAGUUGGUUCAAAGUCACACAAGGAACUUUCAGAAGAUUGAGAAAGCAACACCAAUCGGGAAUGCCUUCCAGUUUCUAACAGGUUCAUCAAACUCAUUUUUUUCUCCUGUAAUGGAAUAUGACAGGCAUACCCUCAUUCGCCAUGCUCUAGCCGAGAAAUAUGAUGAUGUGGAAGAUUUCUUCAGUUUUCCCCAUCUUAUAGCUUCGUGCAUCUUUGCGCUUAUACAAUCAACUAAUGAAGUUGCUGCUGUUGUUAGUCCAUAUGGAGCUAUUCUUGAUGUUUUUCAUAAUAGAGAAAAAUAUUCUGGAAAUGGGGAACAUGUGGGGUCAAUCCAUGUGACUUGGUGGUUCAAGGCAAUUGGUGGAUUUGGUGCAGCCAUUGGUUUCUUUCUGUGUGGGUUUAGGGUGACUCAGUCACUGGGUGGGAAGCUGACUUAUAUGAGCAACUCAAGAGGGUUAGCAGCACAAUUGUCAACUGUGGCAGCAAUCAUCAUUGUCACUAAGAUUAAGCUUCCUGUCUCAACCAUUCAUGCUUUGGUUGGAUCCUUAGUAGGAGUUGGGAUUGCAGAUGACCCUCGGAAUGUGAACUGGAAGCUCCUAUUCAAGUUCAUGUGUGGGUGGGUGAUGACCAUAGUCUUUUGUUCUGGGGUUGCUUAUGUGAUCUUCUCAGUGUCCAUACACUCCCCAGCUUAUGUAGUGCGCUAAAUCUCAAUCAUCACCACCAAUUUCUUUCCCCUCUGUAUCUAAAGUUUUGUUUUUGUUUUUUUUUUUCUUUUUUCCCAGAUGUGUAGCAAUCCCUUUCUUAGUCAUAACCAAUCAUUUUCAACUCACUUGUAAUAACUACAUUCACUACUAGUUCGGUUACUUGCGAAAUAUCUUUAAAGAUAUUUUAGAUAUCACUCAAAAUACCGGUAAGA